AAAAUAAAUAAAUAAAAAAGAAAGCCACGACCCGCCCCCCUUUCCAUUCCCAUGGAUCGUGUUACUGGAGGCUCCUCGACAUCUGCUCCUCCUGCUAACAACAGUGCGCGCUCCCGCGUCUCGAACCCGCGCCUCCGGCACCUCCUGCCCUCUUCCCAGGACCACUGAGCUCUCUUAUUUUUUUUGUGCCUGCGAGAGAUCAUGUGGAGCCACUGUGCAUGUGCCCUCCACCUUUACCGGCUUUAGCUCUCCUCUCCGACGGAGGACGCGCCUCCCGGUCUCUCUCCAUCCAGUCCCGUACGUCAAACCGAACCCGAGGUCGUUACCAUCGAACGGAACACCGACUGCUGCUGGCCGGAGGUUUUGCCGAUUUGCGUCCUCUGUUUUCCGUCAGAGGACAACUAAGGACGGAUGCGCGCAGCGGUGGUGUCUGAUGUUUGAGAAGGCUGACUAUAGUGGUUUUAAAUUUACAUUUCUGAGAGCAUGGAGUCUGUGGAGAAGGAGUGUGGGGCGCUGGGUGGAUUGUUCCAGGCAAUCGUCAACGACAUGAAGAGCUCUUACCCCGUGUGGGAAGACUUCAGUGCCAAGGCUACAAAACUGCAUUCUCAACUCAGGACAACAAUUCUGGCAGCCGUGGCCUUUUUAGAUGCUUUUCAGAAAGUGGCCGACAUGGCUACCAACUCAAGAGGUGCCACCAGGGAUAUUGGCUCUGCUUUGACUAGGAUGUGCAUGCGACACCGCAGCAUUGAGGCCAAAUUGCGCCACUUUACUAAUGCUCUAAUGGAAGGCCUGGUUACACCACUCCAGGACAGAAUAGAGGAAUGGAAGAAGACUGCCAAUCAGCUGGACAAGGACCAUGCCAAAGAAUACAAGCGCUCUCGCCAAGAAAUCAAACGAAAGUCAUUAGAUACCCUCAAACUUCAGAAAAAGGCAAGAAAAGCCCAUACUUUAGAGCUUCUCGGGCGAGGAAACCUGCGCCCACAGCUGGACAGCGCCAUGCAGGACGUCAGCGACCUGUACUUGCUCAUGGAGGAGACGGAGAAGCAGGCCGUGCGCAGAGCACUUCUGGAAGAGAGAGGGCGCUAUUGCGCAUUCAUUAACUUGCUGCAGCCUGUUGUGAAUGUUGAGAUUGCCAUGUUGGGAGAGACAACACACUUACAGGCCAUUGUUGAUGACCUCACGCUGCUAACAGAAGACCCACACAAACUUCCUCCAGCUAGUGAGCAGGUAAUCCGGGACCUAAAAGGUUCUGACUUUACAUGGUCCUAUCAAACACCUCCCUCCUCGCCCGGCAGUGUCAGCUCCAGAAAGAGCAGCAUGUGCAGUCUCCUCCAGAUGCCCUCGGCAGGGGCCCAUCGACUAAGCAGCGUCUCCUCUCACGACUCAGGAUUUGUCUCCCAGGAUGCCAACACCCACUCGAAGCCUCCUUCUCCCAUGCCAUCUGACGUCACCAGCCAGAAAUCAACAAGCUCGGCCUCCUCUGAGGCUUCUGAAACCUGCCAGUCUGUCAGCGAGUGCAACUCCCCCACUGCGUUUGGCUCAUGCUCAUCCUUCGGCACCUUCCGCCCUGCUUUCUCUCACACUGGCACCAUCAGGCCUCUGUCUGUCAUACUUCCUGCGUCCCCCACAUUUAACCACUCCCCUGGAACCAACACCCCCUCACCCACAUCAAAGGUUCCUAGCUGGAAGGAUUGGGCAAAAUCAAGCCAGUGCGAUCCAUCAUUAGCCAGCACGUUGCAGCGAAGGAGAGAGUCUCUUGAUAAAAUAAGAGACAUGGACGCUUCGCCCAGUUCGAUUGGGUAUUCUGGCAUCCAAGGAGAUGAUGCACACCGAGCAAGAAUUGGUCCAGGAAUGAUUACAGCAAAGCAUGGUGAGCCUCUGUCGCCAGCAGCCAGUACUCUGGCAAUGGUACUGACCAGAGGCCUAAGCAUGGAGCAGCAGAAAAGCAGCAGAGACUCUCUGCAGUAUUCCAGUGGCUACAGCACCCAGACCAACACCCCCUCGUGUUCUGAGGACACCAUCCCCUCCCAAGGUUCUGAUUAUGAGUGCUACUCUCUAAAUGGGGAUGCUGACACUGAGGCCCAAACAGAGUUUGACAAGUCCUCCACCAUCCCGCGCCACAGUAACAUCGCCCAAAGCUACCGCCGCAUGAUUCAAACCAAAAGGCCUGCCAGCACAGCAGGCCUUCCCGCAGGGAAAAGCCUGCAAGGUGCUCCCAAUGGGGUUAGCAACCCCGGAACAGUCGCCUCUGGAACAGCUACUAUUCGUCGGACGCCAUCCUCCAAGACUGGGGUGAGACGCACACCUUCCACAUCUGGCCCAAUUCCCAUACGACCUCCCAUUGUGCCGGUGAAAACCCCCACAGUGCCGGACUCCCCGGGUUACACCAGCCCAUCCCAGCAUGGUGUAUGUAGUGAAGAGCUGCUAUGCCCAGAUGAUCCGUAUGCGAGUGAAUACAUAAAGGCUUCUCCUCAACAACACACACAAGCGUGGACUUGUGGAGGUGCAGACAGGACUUCUUACGAUCUACAGGCCCAAGUUUUGGCCGCCCAGAGUGCUGAGGAGGACUCACUACUGGCCGCCAACCGCCACAGUCUGGUGGAGAAGAUAGGAGAGCUGGCGGCCAGCGCUCAUGCCCUCGGUGAGGCUCAGUUCCCCUUCCCUAGCUCACCAUUAGGGGAUUCAAUUAAGUGUGCACUCCAGGGACCAUCUUCUGAAGCCCAAGGAGGCGUGGACAUGUUGGUUACUAUACGUCGAGGCGUUAAGCUCCGCAAGACAGUCACUGAUGAUCGUUCAGCCCCAAGGAUCCUGCGGUAAGUGUCUUGCAGAAGAAAUACGGCAGCACUCACGUAAUACAACAACUAAUGCACAAAAUAAGAAGAGUAUGUAAUAUGUGCAUGAAGAUCAUUUGACAGUGCGAGGAGUGACUCUUCGACGACAUCCAUCAUUUCAUGUCAUGUAUGUAUUACGUAUGUACGUAUAAAGUAGCACCUAUUUUUUUUUCAUAAUUUUGAUUUGAUUUGCUAUUUUUGUCUGUGAGUCUUGUGACUGUUGAUCUCUGCCCCCCCCCCCCGCCCCCCAUUGUUCUUCAUGCUUCGGUUAUCACAAAUCUUUACUGAAGCAUGUAAAGCUCUGUGACUCUAUUUCCUCUUGCUCUUAUGAUUAAUAUAAAAUUCUUUUCUUCCUCCACAUUGUACCCUUCAAUGGAAAAUGAUGGUCGAAGAGCUCUGUGAGCCCAUCCAUGUGUCGUGUUUUCCUAUCUUUACUGUACAAGCACCAUUAUUACUGCUAUGUUUCAUAAGCUGAACAGCAGCUGGGUGAUUCAUGUAUAGUAGGAGCAAUAUGGCAGUGUUUUUAUUGCUGUACUGUACUGUCAAUAUAUUCUGCUAUUAAACAAGCCUUUUACUGGUAA